AUGGAGGACGACGGCGCUGGACCCACCUCCAAGAUCCCCGACGAACAACCACUCACCGGUUCCAUCCCCGACUGCAGCGCCUUUCCCACCGCAAACCCCUGUUAUGAUGCAUACUCUGCCAGUACCAGGCGGAGGCGGAGAUCAUCCCGGACGAUCUCCACCGUCAGGCCCACGACCACGCCCUGGCCCUCGAGAUGGGGUAGAGGAAAAAUGGUGGGUUUGACGGAGGGAGUUGCGGGAGGUGUUGGGGUGAGCAAAUUUUGCAGGGGGAAAGAGGGGCAAGCGAAUCCGGAGCUUUUGGAUUUCGAAGCUCUAAUUGAAGGCUUUUGGGUUUUUUCAAAGUUCGGAUUUUGCCCUUUCCUUGUCUAUGGCCGAGGGUGUGAAAAGGGCCAAAUCAAGAGCUUUGAGAUUGAUAUAGUGAUUUCUCAGGCUUGUUUGGCUGCUUCAUCUUUGAUAUGCCUUUUGCAUAAUUUGAGGAAAUAUGGAGUUAGAAAAUUUUUGUUCGUUGAUCGGUACAGUGGAUAUGUGGAGAGGUUCAGUGGGCAAUAUGUGCAGAAAAUCUCUGAAUCUAUGCGCACAUUAGUACUAUGGGUGCUAGCUUGUUGCCUUUUGAAAACCGUACGUGAAAUCGUACGGUUUUCUUAUGUUCAUCACGGGACAUGGUGGCAAUCUGCUGUUAUUUCAUUGGCUUUCGUGCUUUCUUGGACAUACGUGACAACCAUAAUUUUGUCAUCGUGUAUCUUGUUCUAUGUGGUGUGUAAUUUGCAAAUUAUCCAUUUUGAUGACUAUGGGAAGCUUCUGGAAAGAGAACCAAAUAUAGUGGUCCUAUUACAAGAGCAUGCUCGCCUGCGUUUUUACCUCUCUAAAAUAAGCCACAGUUUCUUUGGCACUUCAAGGAAUCUUCCGUGGUUUCAUUUGAAAGACAGAACCAUUGGUUUCUUUGGCACUUCAACAAGAACCAACGGUGACCAAAUUCUGGACUGGUGGGGUUGGGGGGCUCUCACCUUUGACCUAUGGAUACAAUGCUAUUGCAAUGAACGAAAUGUUUGCUACGAGAUGGAUGAAAAAAUUGGCCUCAGACAACAUAACUAG